AAAGUUGAAUUUUUCACUUUUCAAAGAAGCCAGCGGAAGAAGAAAGCUACAGCGGGAUAUAACAGUAACGAUCUAAGCAUUGUUUUUUCUUCUUCUUCUUUUUUUUUCUCUAUAGAACAUUAUAAACAUCACUGGUUCCCAGAAAAGCCGUGCAAGGGAUCAGGUUACCGUUGUAUUCGCAUCAACCAUAAAAUGGAUCCUCUGAUUGGACAGGCAGCACAGCGGAUUGGACUGAGCAGUCAGGAGCUGUUCAGGCUUCUCCCAAGUGAACUCACACUCUGGGUUGACCCCUACGAAGUGUCCUACAGAAUUGGAGAGGAUGGCUCCAUCUGCGUGCUGUACGAAGCCUCACCAGCAGGAGGUAGCACUCAAAACAGCACCAACGUGCAAAUGGUAGACAGCAGAAUCAGCUGUAAGGAGGAACUUCUCUUGGGCAGAACAAGCCCUUCCAAAAACUACAAUAUGAUGACUGUAUCAGGUUAAGAUAUAGUCUAUGGAUGGAUCAUCUUAUAAUGGAUGGAUAAAUUUGAUUUUUGCUUUGGGUGGGCUCCUCUUGGGGAUGGAUUAUGGAAUUUAAACCAUGUCACAGCUGUGAAGAUCUGGCACAAGAUAGAGUGGUGAAAAAAAUUUUUUUAAAGUGACAGUGCCAUAGUUUGGACAGUACCUUUCAAUGAUUUAAUAGCCUGUGAGUCCAAGUAAAUGAUCACUUUAUUUGCUAGGGAGUGAAGUCCUAGGGUGGUUUCAGUUUCUCCCAGAUGUUAUACCCAAAUUUUUUCCAUCAACCCCUUUAAGGCGAAUCUGUAUUUCAAAGAACCUUUCUCUGCAGUAGAUCUUGCAGAGGAAAUUUGCACUAUUACACUUGAAAAUUGUUAACUUUUUUGGCAGCUCAGUAGGAAAGCUCAACAUUUUAAACAUGGUAGUACUGGAAAUUUUGACAAGACUUUUACCUAGCACUUAAAUAUGUAUAAAUGUACAUAAGACAAACCUAGUAAGCAUGACCUGGGGAAAUGGUCAGACCUUGUAUUGUGUUUUUGGCCUUGAGAGUAGCAAGUGACCAGAAUCUGCCAUGGCAACAGGCUUUAAAAAAGACCCUUAAAAAGACACUGUCUCAACUGUGGUGUUAGCACCAGCCAGCUCUCUGUACAUUUGCUAGCUUGUAGUUUUCUAAGACUGAGUAAACUGCUUAUUUUUAGAAAGUGGAGGUCUGGUUUGUAACUUUCCUUGUACUUAAUUGGGUAAAAGUCUUUUCCACAAACCACCAUCUAUUUUGUGAACUUUGUUAGUCAUCUUUUAUUUGGUAAAUUAUGAACUGGUGUAAAUUUGUACAGUUCAUGUAUAUUGAUUGUGGCAAAGUUGUACAGAUUUCUAUAUUUUGAAUGAGAAAUUUUUCUUCUCUCUAUAAUAAAUCGUUUCUUAUCUUGGCAUUUUAA